CUUUUCGACUCUCCCUGGCCUCUCCCGAGCGCGUCUAUGAGCGCAGCGUUCCCGCCGUCGCUGAUGAUGAUGCAGCGCCCGCUGGGGAGUAGUACCGCCUUUAGCAUAGACUCGCUGAUCGGCAGCCCGCCUCAGCCCAGCCCUGGCCAUUUCGUCUACACCGGCUACCCCAUGUUCAUGCCCUACCGGCCGGUGGUGCUGCCACCGCCGCCGCCGCCGCCGCCUGCGCUGCCCCAGGCCGCGCUGCAGCCCGCGCUGCCGCCAGCACACCCUCACCACCAGAUCCCCAGCCUGCCCACCGGCUUCUGCUCCAGCCUGGCGCAGGGCAUGGCGCUCACCUCUACGCUCAUGGCCACGCUGCCGGGAGGUUUCUCCGCGUCGCCCCAGCACCAGGAAGCGGCGGCCGCCCGCAAGUACGCGCCGCAGCCGCUGCCCGGCGGCGGCAACUUCGACAAGGCGGAGGCGCUGCAAGCCGACGCGGAAGAUGGCAAAGGUUUCCUGGCCAAGGAAGGCUCGCUGCUCGCCUUCUCCGCGGCAGAGGCAGUGCAAGCGUCGCUCGGUGAGUCGGCGGCGCGCGCAACCAGGACGCGGGGACAGGAGGGGGCCUUCGCUAUAUGGUCUUUGGAGAGCGAUGUGGACUACAGCUCGGAUGACAAUCUGACUGGCCAGGCAGCUCACAAGGAGGAAGACCCCGGCCAUACGCUGGAGGAGGCCCCGCCAAGCGGCGGCGCAGCGGGCAGCACCACGUCCACGGGCAAGAACCGGCGGCGGCGGACUGCCUUCACCAGCGAGCAGCUGCUGGAGCUGGAGAAAGAAUUCCACUGCAAAAAGUACCUCUCCCUGACCGAGCGCUCGCAGAUCGCCCACGCCCUCAAACUCAGCGAGGUGCAAGUGAAAAUCUGGUUCCAGAACCGCCGGGCCAAAUGGAAACGGGUGAAGGCAGGCAAUGCCAAUUCCAAGACAGGGGAACCCUCGAGGAACCCCAAGAUCGUCGUACCCAUCCCUGUCCACGUCAGCAGGUUCGCUAUUAGAAGUCAGCACCAGCAGCUGGAGCAGGCCCGACCCUGAGGGCCUGGCCAGGGCGGGCACCUGCGGUGGAGAAGCCCCUGCAUCCAAGGGAACCCAUGGCGGACUCCACUAUGUUUGAAGCUAAACUCAAAGUCACAUCCCAGACGUGGACAACCCAAGCAAAUUGAGAAUAUAUUCACUAAACAGGCUUAAAUGACUGCGUUGGAAGGGGCUAGAGCCACCCCUGAAGAUACACUAAAUAUUUAUUAUGCUACCCUACUUUGUACAUAGAUAUCUAUAUAGACUGGAUCUCAGCUGCAGUAUUUUCAAAGUUAUAGGACCAAAUUACCCAGUAAUAUUCUCCACUCAUUGCAGAAGACAAACGUCUGCUGUUCUCUGCCGCUUAGCAGCCACCCUCCCAUACAUUUCCAAAGGUAAACAUGAAACACAGGAACAAACACGGGGGUUUAAACUUAUUUUUGUUUCUAUUCUGGCUUUUUGAGUUGACCGCUCGCAAAGCAGACAUUGUUGGGCAGAUCUGGAAAUUUGCUUUUGCUUUGCUUUUGCCUGGCUUUUUUUCCUGGGGUCCCAUUAUCCUAUCUGAGCCAUGUCUGAAGCACGUCUCCGUUGUGUUUAAUUUAUUUCGAUGUAGCUUAUUUUCGUAUAAGUUAUGACAUUUAAACAAUCUCAGUCUUGUGAAUAAUAAAAAGGAGCGAGGAAAAA